AUGUCUUCUCAGAGCAAUCCUUCAGAACUUCGUCCAAUCGUUCUUUCUGGUCCUUCCGGCACAGGCAAAUCCACUCUGCUUAAACGGCUCUUUGCCGCACACCCUUCUCGGUUCGGCUUUUCAGUCUCUCACACGACCCGCCAGCCACGCGCUGGUGAACAAAAUGGCAAGGACUACCAUUUCGUUGAUCGUGCAUCAUUCAAGGCUGGUGCUGAUCGCGGUGAUUUUAUCGAAUGGGCAGAGUUUUCUGGUAAUUUGUAUGGAACUUCUAUCGCUGCCGUCCAGGCAGUCGCACAGACCGGUGAGGGGGAUGCGAAACGGACGUGUAUCUUGGAUAUCGAUUUGCAAGGUGCGCGGCUUGUCAAAAAGACGCAAUUGAAUGCGCGGUUCUUGUUUGUUGCACCGCCGUCGAUGGAGGAAUUGGAGAAGCGGUUGCGUGGGCGCAAAACAGACUCGGAUGAGGCGAUUGCGAAACGUCUCGAUGUGGCCAAGGUGGAGAUGGAGAGUGUCAAGGAACAGGGUUUCUACGACUUGGUGAUUGUCAAUGAUGAUGUCGAGCGGGCGUAUACAGAGUUUGAAGCAUUUUGUCUACGAGAUGCAUAA